UAUCCUUUUUUGCUUAUUAUAUUAAUUGAAUUUGUUCAUACAAAGAGCCUUCCCAAUUCCCAAAUUCAAUCUACAUCGACGGCCUCAAAUCGUUCAAUUCUCGUUCCCCACUUUUGACCGUCGAUCCCCUCAUCACGACCCCUGCAUAAAUCUGGAUCCGUCACUUCAGGCAUUGUCUGAACUGUGUAGUGUAAAGUUUGAGUGACAAAGAGCUGAUCAUCUCUCCUGCUUGACUUUCCGAUCACAGUUGAUCAGAUAUGUCUUCGUCUGAUAAACCGGAAGUAGUUGAAAGGGGUGUUAAGGAUGACGAACACAAGGACAAGGAUCAAGAAGAAGGGAAGGGUGGGUUCCUUGAGAAGGUGAAGGAUUUCAUUCAUGAUAUCGGUGAGAAGAUCGAGGAAACAAUUGGGUUUGGGAAGCCAACGGCGGAUGUUACUGGGAUACACAUUCCAUCAAUUAAUCUUGAGAAGGCUGAACUUAUUGUUGAUGUGCUUAUAAAGAACCCAAAUCCAGUACCGAUCCCUCUAAUUGACAUUAAUUACUUGAUUGAGAGCGAUGGGAGAAAGCUAGUUUCGGGAUUGAUACCAGAUGCAGGUACAAUCCAUGCACGUGGAGAAGAGACUGUCAAAAUACCUGUUACUUUGAUUUAUGACGACAUAAAGAAUACUUAUCAUGAUAUUAAACCUGGAAGCAUCGUACCAUACAAGGUCAAGGUUGAUCUCAUUGUGGAUGUUCCUGUCAUCGGAAGGAUUACCAUUCCUCUGGAAAAAACUGGAGAGAUACCCAUACCAUAUAAGCCUGAUGUUGAUCUUGAGAAAAUUCAUUUUGAGAGCUUCUCCUUUGAGGAGACUGUUGCAGUUCUUCAUUUGAAAUUGGAAAAUAAGAAUGAUUUUGAUCUGUGCCUCAAUGCACUAGAUUACCAGAUCUGGCUUGCUGAUGUUAGCAUUGGAGGUGCUGAACUCACCAAAUCUGCCAAAAUUGAGAAGAGUGGAAUUAGUUACAUUGAUAUUCCUUUCACCUUCAAGCCCAAGGACUUUGGUUCUGCACUAUGGGACAUGAUUAGAGGAAAGGGUACAGGUUAUACCAUCAAAGGAAAUAUUAAUGUUGACACCCCCUUUGGAGCAAUGAAACUGCCCAUCAGCAAGGAAGGAGGCACCACCCGUCUGAAGAAGAAUAAAGAAGAUGGUGGUGACGACGAUGAUGAUGAGGAAUGAAGAAGAAAUGGCAGUAAAAUUAUCAACUAGCUGUUGUUUUAUUGGCGGUGAAGAUCUGUUAGAAUUUUAAUUAUAAGAUGGAAUUGAACUUCUGGGCAUUACUUGAUGGUGAGCUUUGUAUUUCCAUGGGUGUGUUUUAUUCAUAGUCCGAUGGGAUGUUCUACUUAUAUUCCCAUGUUCAUGUGUGAGUUAUUAUUUGAUGAAGAAAACUUGCUAUUAUUAUUAUUGUUUGCCAAAAUUUAUAAUCGAAAUGAGUUUAGUCUGAA